CGCUUCCAUGGGGCGGCUACCAUAGAGGCGCGGAGAGGGAGUGGGGGCUAGACGGGCACGUGGCACCUCACGCACACACACACACUCUCUCUCUCUCUCCGGAAGUUCCGGCUACCUCUCCCGGGGAGAGGGAAGGCCCUUCGGACAAUGGGACCAUAGAGCAGCCAAGGGAGCGGGAGUGGUCCGGCCGAGGGAGGGGUGUGUGUGGACGCUCUAUGGGGCUGGGAGCCGCCAUGCUCUAUGAUGCGCGGCGGGGGCCGCAGCAGCCGCAGAAGCGCCGAGGAGGCCCAGCAGCUGCGCAACCAGUCUGUGCUGAGUGGUUUCUGGAGCCGAAUCUUUCUCAUCAAACAAUCCAGGGAGGCCUUUGUUGUAGUCGGGGUUUGGGGCGCCCGCUUUGCCGCCUCCAGAUCUCUCAUGGCGCUGAAGGCAGAGACCCCCUUGACGGACUACACUGAGGUCUCUUCGGCCAUCUCGCGCUUCAGGGAGAAGGAGAAGAUGGCUGCCGAUUAUCGAUUCCUCCGCCGUCCCUCGGGGAAGCCGGACGGAGGCCUCGUAAACCCCGCGGACAAAGGACAAUAUCCAUUUUCAGAGUCUGCCGGCCAGGAUGAGCUCGGCAUCUCCUGGAAGCAGGAAUACUUGGUAGCCGACGAUCCGGACGAUGGCCGGCUGGUGUGUAUGGUGUGCGGUGGCAUCUUGGCCACUUCCGGCCCCGCGGCGGCCCGCCAGCACAUCCUGCAGCAACACGCCCACUCGCUGGACUUCACCCUGGAGGAGAAACGCAACAUCCUGGAAGGCUGGAGCGAAGGGGUUGUGCUGCCCGCCGUAGAUUCGCCGCCUGCAGGCGGUCCCGGCGAGAACAAGCAGCCUGCCGAGAUCGAAGUCCUCCUUGAUACGGAGGAACAGCCCGUGAGGCGGAAGCGCAGGCCCGUCCAAGCACGGCGCGCGGAGGGGUUGCAUUUAGAAGCCGAACGGCGACUUUCGGUUCGACAGAGGACGCCCGCCAAGGAAUCGAGGGGCCAGGAGCCCAUGGAGGCUGCAGGAAAGGAGUGGCUGUCGGAAUGCGGACUUCCCGGGUCAGCUCCGGCUGAAAUCCGGAUUUUCACGGACGGCUCCUUUCCCGCUGGAUUCACCCUGAAGCUGUACUGCCGUUCUCAGCCAGAACCAUCAGAAGGCACCGGAACGAAGACAAACGCAAGGAAGAAAACAGUGGAUCGCGACUGCUCCGUCUCCCUGCUGCGGCUUCACUCCAGGGACACCGGCGGUCACCUCCACCCAAGCCAGGACACCCUCUCCCCCCGUUGCCCGCUGGGCAGCUCCGCCGACAGCCGCCCCAAAGACUGUGGGGCAGUUCGGGGAGUGGCCAAAAGGGGUGCCCCUGCUGGCAAGGAGGCCUCCACCGCCCUCGGGAAAGGCUUCAACCCCUCGUGGCGCGCGCGGUUCCUGGUGGACUUUGACGACGCCACCGGUCACUUGGUGUGCAUGGUUUGUGAGUACCCGUUGCGGCGCAUCUGCCUUGCCACCGUCAAGCAACACAUCCUCCAGUGCCACGCCGAGACGCUGCAGAUGCCGCGCGAAGUCCGGCGUACCAUCCGCGAAGUCUGGGAGAACCGGUGCCAGCCCUCCGCCCAGGCCCCGAGGAAGUGACAGGCUUCUCUCCAUCCCACUUGACUCGGGAAGCCGCGAGAAAGGGUUUAAAAGAGACCAAAUUCUGUGGACCACCAGGCAGGAAUCUAGGGGCGGAGCUUGAGGGAAGGAGGCUCCACCCCCUCCUCGGAAGCCCCCCCCCCAACACUAUCGCUCCCGUCUCCCUUGCUGGAGAACCGAACAGAUUCUGAGCUAACUCUGCCGCCAUUUUGCAAGUCUUUUAAUUCUGCUUUUUAUAUAUAUUAUUUGUUUCUGUUUUCAACUUUUGUUUUUUCCAUCCUAAGCAGAAGCAGCUCUUGAUUUCUCUCAGGCUCCAGCCUUUUUUUUUUUUUUUUUUUUCUCCUCACCAGCAAAAUUCCACACUACAGCGGAGAACGGAGUCGCCGCUAAAUCAGCGAGUCGAGACGGGAGGCUUUUGCCACUGCCUUCCCCUUAUUUCAGGGUCGGUUUAUUAAAAAAAAAAGAAAAGAAACAAAAAAAGAAACUCAGGGGGAAAUUUUUUUUUGAGUUGCAGUCGGAUCCUUCGCCUUUUUUCAUUAUUGUUUUUUUUUUACAUUUUUUUUUUACAUCCUGUCCCCACGAAAACUGCAGCAAGAAAUAAAUAAGACAUAUAUAUAUAUAUAUAUACACACACUCAUUGCUGGGACUGCCUUUUUUUGCAGCCGGGAAGUUCAUUUUUCAUCGCCAACGCUGUAUUUCUCUGCAAUUAAAGGGACCUCCCCUCCUUCCUGAUUUAACCAGAGGAUUACAAAUAAUCAGCCUGGGCCUUUAUAAACAAGAUUCAUAAACCACAGGGAGCACUAAAAAUAUAUAUAUAUUUUAUGUUCUACGAGCGGUCUCCUAUCUAUCUUAUGUACGUUUUGAGUUCCGUGUUGCGGUUACCACUUCGCUUGUACUCCUGCAAGGGAGGAAAAAGAAAAAAAAAGGAGGGAAUUUGUCUUUUGUUAGAAAAUCUCGAGCAAAGAAAAGAGGCGGCCAGCUCCGUAAAUUGUGCUGAACGAUGAUCCAUCCCCCUGCAUCUGGCUCGCGAACGCUUUGAAAAACCAGCGUGCGAAGGAGCAGCCAUUUUCUCUGUGUGUGCCUUUUAACCCUCUUAUCCAGGUUUUCGGGUGGGCUGCUCAACAGGUGCGAGCAGGAGGCCAAGCGAGUCCCUCUCCUUUGACUUAGAAGAAAAGGGGAAAAAAAGAAAAAAAAAUUCCCCCCCCUUAAUGCAGAGGUGGACGGACGUUCUCGCUGUAGUAGACGAAAGCAGGUUUAUAUAGUUGAAUCCUUUGUAGACGAAGAUCAUUGAAGAUCAAUGUCCUCGCCUAUUCCAGGGAAAGGAUCCUUUCGUGCCGCUGCUAAUUACAAUAAAACCACUGAAAAAUC